GUAACUCAGUUCAACAUGAAGCUCCUGCUACAACUACAAGUACUACAAGUACUACAAGUACUACAAGUACUACAAGUACUACUGCUACUGCAGUACACCUCUGCACAGGGUUUUCAUAAGGAUGUGCAAAUCACUGGCUGUUCAGACUCAGACAAAGAGUACAUGUACGGUCUGGAUGGAGAGGUGGUGCUCUACUCAGACUUUGACAAACAGGAGGUGGUUUACACUCUGCCACAGUUUGGAGAUUCAAUAACAUGUUCAGGGUGUUAUGAUGGGUCUGUGGUUAAUCAGGGCAUCUGUCAGAGUAACCUGCAGAAUGCCCGUAAAGGCAUGAAGGACGUCCCCCUGGAGCUCGACCCCCCCGGGGCCCCCCUGCUCUACCCUGAGGACCACCUGAGGCCCUCUCACCCCAACACUCUGGUGUGUCAGGCCUCGGGGUUCUACCCCGCUCCUGUCCACUUCUCCUGGACCAAAGAUGGACACAACGUGACCCGCUCUGCCUCUGUGUCCCAGGCCUAUCCUCAGAGCGAUGGGACAUUCACACAGUUCUCCAGACUGGACAUGUCCCCAGAGGAGGGACAAGUGUACAGCUGUGCACUGGAGCACCCCGCCCUGAAGGGGGCGCAGAGGAGCAGGCUCUGGACGGUGGAGUUCCAGAAGCCCUCUCUAGCGCCCUCUGUCUUCUGUGCUGUGGGACUGACUCUGGGGCUGGUGGGCGUGGCCGUCGGGACCUUCUUCCUGGUCAAAGGGAGACAGUGCUGCUGAUUGGACAGCUGCUGUGAUGUCAUCGCUCUUAUUUUUGUGUUUUGUUUAAUCAGAUUUAAAUAAAAUGAGGUUUAAUAUUUACACUGGGAUUUAAUAAAAUUGAUUA